UACGAGGAAGCUACUAAAAACACUUCACUCCGUUCUUUUUCUUUCACUUUAUGUUCCACCAAUCCUUGCUUCCUUCUCUUUUUCCAACAUUUUCAAAUAUCCAUCCAAAUUCUUCUUCUUCUUCUUCAAAGGCUCAUCAUUUCUUCACCAUGGACGGUCUCAUCAAUACAGCUUCACACUUUCUUCUGAGGGCUUCUACACUGUUAGAGUCUCAAUCCACCAUGGAUCGUUUCACCGAUUGGGGUUCCAGCUUUCUUCCGAGUCUUCAAACUAUGAUGGAUUCUGUCAUCAACUGGUUGGUGUCCCUGAUAAGUUGUUUAGGGGCAAAGAUUAAUCCAAUACUCGAAAAAUUCACAGGAUAUACAUUCAAUGUUAAGGAUAACUCUUGUGAUGAAGUUGGAAUUGAUGGAGAAACGUGGUUGCGUGUUGCUGGUGCUGUUGGGGUGGCUGUGGUGGCCAUUCUUGUUGUUUGGUUUCUUUGGAAGAUGAUUAUGCUGAUUUUCAGAUGUUUUUACCGUUGUUACUGUCGUUGUUGCAGAAGAAGAAGGAAGACAAUGACGGCUCCAGGGAGGAACUGUCGCAUUUUUAGAGACAACUUUGAACGCAAUCCUAGAGAUUAUUUUCGUAAUCUGCGUAAUGAUCAACAUGCGUGUUUGGUUUGAAAUGUUGAAGUAAACCCACGCCAAAGCAGUACUUUUUACUUCUUUGAACUUAUUAAGUGGUGUUGGUUGUUAUAUUAAGGCCUGUUUGUGUUUUGGAUGGUGCAUGCGUGGCAUGAUUUGGGUGAUUUGAUGUUGUUCCAAAUAUGUUGUAAUUUGUGUUGAUAUUUGAAGUGUAGUAUCAAACACUAUGUUUGCUGUUUCUUGAUGAGACUGAAGUAUUUUUUGGUUAAACAUUUCUUGUUUAUUUA